AUGGGUGCCUCCAAUCCCAAUGUUAGUUCUACCAAUGAUUACGUUCCAUAUGAAGGCAUUGGUUCAUCAUUUCUAGUGUUUAUUGCACCGAAAAUUGGCAAGCUUCUCAUAUGGACUUUAACAUCAUAUCAAGCGUUAUAUUUAUUCCUUCAAGUUUUUUCACCAACCUCCAUUUCAAUGUUUUUUCCACAAAUGUCGACAUCAAUUGAUCCCUUACCAUUUAAUCCAAUGUCAGUGAUCGGAACAUUAGGAGCAUUUUUUACCUUUGAAUUAACUAUUCGAAGUACACAUAAAUUAAUCAAGACUGGUCCAUAUGCUUAUGUACGGCAUCCAUCGUACAUGUUUAUAUACAUCUUAAUAUGCGGAAUAUUACUAGUUCACCAACGAUUGACAAAUUUUUGUCCUAAUCAAACAUGGUUACAAGUUCUGUUUAGUCCAAUUGGAACUUUAAUGUUUUACUUGUUCUUAACGUUGAUUAUCACAAGGCGUGUCAAAAUGGAGGAAGAGGAAUUAGCAAAGAAAUUUGGUAGUGAAUGGACUCAAUAUGCAUCGAAAACGAAAAGAUUUAUACCGAAAAUUAUCUAAUACAUAUACAAUCGUAGUUUUGGACAAAAGUCCUUAUCCCACUUGGGCUUUACUCAUAUUUCAAGCUUUGGCCUUCAAACUUUGAAUGCUUGUGAACAGUGAGGGUGUGGGGUGUGGGGUGUGGGUGUGGGUGUAGGAGUGGGUGUGCGUACCACAAGAAGAGACAUACUUAUACCAACAACCACACUCACCCACACCCAUACUCACACCCACACCCAUACUCACACCCACACCCAUACUCACACCCACACCCAUACUCACACCCACACCCAUACUCACACCCACACCCUCACCCCCAUCCACCGACGCCCUCACCCACCCACACCCACAUCCACCCAAGCACUCACACCCACACCCACACCCAUACCCACACCCAUACCCACACCCACACCC